AUGGUCUCUGAUUCCGCGACUAACAAAUCAGUCAGGAAGCCACACGCUCGCAUAGUGCAGCCGGCAUUACCUUUGAUCCCAGGCUUGAAACGCCGGAAACCAAAGCCGAUCACGGUGGAACGCGAACAAGAGAAGGUGGGCUUAGGACCAGCACCUCAGUUGGUUACCGACGAUGCAAAGUCUCCCAGGGACACAGAUUCUGGGGCAGACGUGGCUGAUUCCGAUGUGUCUCAUAAUGGAGUCUUCGACGAGAAAGUAACGACUCUGUCCACAGGUUCAGAACCUGUAACUCCCCAGCUCUCUCAAUCUACAGCGCAUGAAGAACUCCUCACAGAAGCACACGCAGAAAAUGAAGGCAAUGAGGAAGAGGUGGAAACUGGCGACAUCGAUAAACACAUUAGAGAGGAUGCUGGUGUGGUGGAGACAUCAAAUAUCGGAGAUGUGGUGAGCGCCAGGGAACUGCCAGUAAUCGACACCGAUUAUGGCCACAAGGCUGUUGCUGGUGCCGAUGACAACUUGUCUGAAACUCUACCGGGCCCAGCCGAAGAGGACGACAAUAGUCAACUGGAGACCGAUGUGCCAGGUCCACUGUCCGCAGGGAGAACUGAACCCACCGCCACGUCCAUUCAUGCGAAUGGGACUGAUUCAUCACUGCCGGCACUGGACGAGAGUGGUGCCUUUACGUCGCAACUCGGAGAGAUUAACUCUGGGUAUCAAAAUGCACAACCACCUGUCACAUUCAAUGAUGGAUUUCGCGAUCCGGCAGUUAAUGGCUACCAUCAGUCAUCCAACACACCCUAUGCCCUCCCUGGGCCUCCGCCAAGGUCAUUCAACACUCUCCCUUCACUUCAGGAACAUCUGCUUCUUCUCAAUGCGACAAAAGAAGGUGUUGAUAUUCUCCUCCAGGUAAAUCCAGCUAAUGGACAGCCAUUUGUGACAUACUGUCACUCCGUCAUUCUCUUCCGCAGCCUACGCAUGCAAAGACUCGCGACUCGCCAACAACAGACUAACAACAAUUACCCCGGAAAUGUCAUCAGUCUGUAUCCUGCUCGUCCAAUCAUGGCUCACGCCUUUGAAGCUGCGCUGCGCUUCCUUUACUCCGACACGGUCUUGGGAAAGGACUUUUUUGUUCAACCACAUCCCGGGGCUGACUUUCAGGCUGUGAGAGUGCACAACCUUGAGUAUCUCUUGUCCUAUUGGGUAUCUGGGAUAGAACUCGGUCUUGAACCAGUCUCCAUCUGUGCAGAGAGGCUUCUGGUCAAUUACCUUGACUGGGAUAUCCUGGAACUCACCUACAGAGCUGCCGUGGAGCUUGCCAACUCACCCAUGUCAUCACAUGGAAAGAACAUGGUCGGAUCCGACUAUCUCGACUCCAGUAGCUCCAUCAUCAAGCUCAUCCUUCAAUUCCUGGCCACCCACAUUGACGUCAAGAGCUUCAAACUCGACACCACCUCGACUGCCGGCACCAUGAUCCCGUCUCGCCUGCCUCAACUGGAUGAUGGCCGCCCGAAACACAAUCCAGCACUGGCUUCUAUGGUGUUUGGUUCCAUGCCUUCGUCGGCAGAUAUGUCUCCAUCGUCUCCGCAAUCUGAGAUCUUACCAUCUGCAUCGACUUUCAAGGACACCGUUGCGUCCAACAUACUUUUGAAUGUGGAUUUUGAGAACCUCAAUGUCUUCAACAACUUCAUCCAAGCAUCCACGAUCCGGGAUGCUGGCGCUGCGAAACUCAUGGCCGAUGUUGUCAACGAACGCGAAGCCCGUCGUCAAAAGAUGUACACGUCCCGCAUUCCAAACAAAGACCGUAUGGCGAACUCUGCUGCGUGGGAAGCUGUGGGAUUAAAGGAGUCGAUCACGGCGGGAAAUGUCCUCUCUCGAGAACGUGUCGGUUUCUUGAUUUCUUCCAAAUGA